CAUGUGGGGUGUGCAAACUACGGAUGUUUCAGUGUUAUGGAAUGGUUCCAAGCUACAUUUUUCCCCUCUUCAACGAGGUUUGCGCCACGAAGAUCCUUUAUCACCCUAUCUUUUUGUGCUUUGCAUGGAGCGGUUUGCUAUUCAGAUCCAGAGACUAGUAGAGAAUGACCAGUGGAAGCCAAUACGCAUUAGUAGAGAUGGGGUUGGCAUUUCACAUCUCUUUUUUGCAGAUGAUGUGCUUCUCUUCUGCCAAACUUCUAAGGACCAGCUUCGACUCAUCAAGCAAACUCUGGUAGAUUUUUGUGUGGCAUCAGGGAUGAAGGUCAAUCUUGAUAAAUCAAGGAUGAUCUUCUCUAAGGUGGUGAGGCAACGAACGCAACGAGAACUAUCAGAUAUUGUGGGUAUCUCGAGGGCAAACGACCUUGGCAAAUAUCUUGGACUUCCUCUUCUCCAAGGAAGGGUCAAGAGAUAACAUUUUACUUCGAUCAUUGAAAAGGUGAACUCAAGACUUGCCUUCUAGAAGAACAAUCUUUUGAAUAGGGUCGGGAUAGUAUGUUUGGCCAAAUCAGUACUCUCCUCUUUACCGGUACAUGCUAUGCAAUCUCUCUAACCACCUGAUUCUAUUUGUGAUCAUGUGGACAAGAUGGUUCGAAGUUGUAUUUGGGGGAAAGGAGGGAAUGCGCGAAGUUGGCACCUUGUGGCUUGGGGGGAUGUAACUAAACCUAAAGCUAAAGGGGGAUUAGGGAUUCGAAGUGCACGAAAGAACAAUGAAGCGUUGUUGGGUAAGCUGGCUCAUAGUCUCAUGAAUGAGAAGGAGAAAAUGUGGGUUCAAGCUCUAUCCCAAAAAAUACAUUAAGUCUGGUUCAAUAUUGACAGAGGAAGCAAAGCCAGGAGGGCCAUACGUGUGGAGGGGAAUUUUAAGAGCAAGAGAUAUGGUUGCAGAUGGAUUUGGUGCAAGACUUGGUGAUGGUACUUCAUCUCUUUGGUACUCUAACUGGCUAGGAACAUGUCAACUUGCAACUAGAGUACCGUUUGUCCAUAUCACAGAUACUAAUCUUACUGUUGCUGAUAUUUGGGGCCAAGGUUCAUGAAACUUUGAUAAAUUAUACACUAUGUUGUCGUUGGACAUAAUAGAGGAAAUCAACAGUGUGCAAAUACCCACGGUUCAGAUUGGGGAAGACAGAAUUCUUUUGAAGGAGGCUCGCGAUGGUAAUUAUUUAGCGUCAUCUGCGUAUCAAUUUCUGAACGAAGAUGGCACGCCAGAGACAAAAUUCUGGAAGCUGAUUUGGAGAGCCUGUGCGCCUGAGAGGGUGAGGUUCUUUCUCUAGCGGGUAGGCAGGGUUGCUUUACCCACAAACGCUAAAAGGCACCGUAAUCACCCAGUUGCUACUGCGUCCUGCGUUAGAUGUGGAGCGACUGUGGAAGACGAUGUACAUGUUAUCCGUCGCUGUCCAGGAUCAAUCUGGGUCCGCAACCAAUUCAUCGGUCUUCUCCCUUGGGUCCCAGUAGCUGCUCCUUUCCGCUACUGGUUGUUUGGGCAUUUACAGAACGUCGAUCAUACUCUGUUUUGUGCAAUGGUUUGGAAUCUUUGGAAGUGGAGGAAUUCUUUCGUUUUCGAACAAUCUCCACGGUAGCCUGGAGAAGUCUUGCGUCGUAUCCAUGUGGACAUGGUGGAAUUCUAGAAGAAGGCCCUUGUCACGCAAAACUCGUCGCCAGGCGCGUUCGACGAACCAAAUUCAGUAAUGUUGUACACUGAUGGGAGUUGGGACCCGCGAGUAAACAUGAUGGUUGGUGGUGGAUGGAUCAGCGAUCGAAUAGGCCGCUGGGUUUCUGGUUUUGCGGCCAGCUUAAGCGCCGGAGAUGCUCUCAAAGCGGAACUCUUGGCAGUAAGGAAGGGUACGUCUCAUGUAUGGGAAUUGGGGUACAAAAUAGUUGUUUGCUACAUGGAUUGUAUGGAAGUGCAGGAGGUUAUUUCUAGUGAUAGGGAUGUGGAAAACUAUUGGCACAGGGAUGAAAUUCUAGCUAUCCGAGAACUGAUUAAGAAAGACUGGAAUGUAUCUGUUAUCCAUGUUCCGCGAGAACAGAACAAGGUUGCAGAUGCUCUAGCAAAGCUUGCUGUGAAUGAGGAUUGGAAUUGGAAACUCUGGACUCAACCACCAGCAUCAGUGAUUCCCUUGCUCUGUCAGGACGUUGUUAGUUAGUGGUUUUCGUUUGUUUAUCCAUUCCCAUUGAAACAAAAAAAAAAUGAAGCAGGCAAGAACUAUAUAAUAUAUAGUGUAAUCAAAGAGGCUAGAGGUCUAAGUACCCAACUCUCUCCUUUGGGGGAGUGGGAGAUGUUGAUCAUUCACCUAGGAAAAGUAGAAACGUUGUUGUUUUCCAAGGCUCCACGUAUUCUUUGGUCCUAAAACUAUAAUUUUGAUAAAGCAAACCAAAAACAUUUUGAGAAUAUCUGAAUAUCUAUGUCUUCCUCACUUUACCGUUGUUCUUUCUAGCAUUCUAACAAACACCGAAGAGCUUGGAUACAUGCUCGCAUGCGGUCUGUUUUAGCAUCGCAGGCUGUCUCAAGUCCCACAUCGGUUAAGCCUGCAAUAAUACAAGUGUUUAUAAUGAACCACCUAGCAGUAGAGUUGGUCCCUUCGGGGACAUCCGAUAAAAUUGGAACGAUACAGAGAAGAUUAGCAUGGCCCCUGCGCAAGGAUGACAUUCACGAAUUGAGAAAUGGUCCAAAAUUUUUUGAGAGGGAUUUGAAUUUGGAGUUAAUUAUGCAAUUUCCAGUUCUUUUUGUGACAAUUUUUACCCUAGGGUUUUGUUGUCUCAAUUUAGUUUAGUAUCUUACAUGGAAUAUCAUUUAGGUUAGAUCUCACAAGUCACAAGUGGCCAGAGAGAGAGGGAUUUGAAUUUGGAGUUAAUUAUGCUGUUAAUUAGUUGCUUGAUUUGAGGGGUUGCUAGAGUUAUAGUUAUGAUAGCAAGGGAUGGGGAUAUUGACUGCUGAAGGAAGAGUGUGUCUCAAAAUAAAUGUGUCCCAAUUCUUUUGGAAGAACAGUGAAAUUUCUUUCUAAUUUUGCUUUGUUAAAUACCAUUGGCUACAUAUAUGCAACAUAUGCUGAAAAAGAACUAGGAAAGAAAUUUAUUUGGGUGUGCCUUUCACUGCUGAGUUGCUUGGAAACAAAGAGCACUAUCAAAUCCCAAGUUAAAGGCCCAAAUGUGGGCAAAUGAUUUUUUGUUUUUGCUCUCUGUUGCUAAGCUUUUUCUGUUGCAUCAUAUCUUUUCAACAGCUGUGCUUUUCUUCCUUUUUUCUAAAUAAAUUUAUUUUGCUAUGAAAAUAUUGACAUUGUCCCUAACUCCCUAUGUUGAGUUCCUGUCUUAUAUGUUUUCUGAAUUUUCUUUAAGCACAUUGCUUUAUUCAUGAUUGAUUUAUCAGUCUUAAGUUAAGGGGUAGCUUGUGUUUUCUAGUCAUGAUGUAUUUGAAGCAUUUCAUCUGGGUUGAUUUGUGCUACAGAGACAAUGUAACAUUGAAUACUGCCAUGUUCUGAAUUCGGAUACAAACCAGAUGAGUAUUACUUCGAUGUCAAGGCAUAAAUUAAUUUCUCCCUAUACAACACAUUGUUUAAGAUAUCAAACUCAUUUAAAAUGAAUCAUUUGAAUAUUAAUGUCUGUAUAACUUCUGUUGCUUUGCUUCGAGGGAGGAAGCUGGUCGCUUUGUGUUGCUUUAGCUUUGCAUGCGAUGACUCACUUCAUCUUGUGUUCCACACCUGUUUAGCUUAACACAUUAUUAGUGCUUAUAACCACUAAAGCUUGCUCCUUAGUCCAUAAACUUGGAACGACAGAGAUAAGCUUAGUAGUUUUCUUUUUCUCAUUCAAAGUUGACAAUAAUUCUAAGAAAUUUCCAGUUCUUUCCGUGUCAUUUUGUUUUUCUAUUUUUGUGUACAGUUUAGUAUCUUAGCAUGGAUCUUUGGAGUUAAUUGUGCUGUUAGUUAGCUGUUUAACUUAGGGGAGUGAUCAAGUCAUUAUAACGACAGCAGGGGAUGUGACAUGAGAGGUUGUAUGCUACCUAAAUACUUUGAUGGUUUCCUCACAUCCAUUGUAAUCAAGGAUUUAGUGUAAAAUCUUAGGCUGAUCUAACAGAAAAGAGGGCAAUCUCAUUAUCUUAUAUGGCAUUCCAUUAUCUGAUGAAAGGCUGCAGCUUAGUGAAAGGGGCUACAAGAGUACAUUAGAGAUAGAAUUGAUGGAGAUGAUUCUUGAUAGAGGAGUACAAUAGGCAUUCAACUGGUACCACAUCGGCUAUAUAUGAAAAUUUGAGUGGACUUUACUAUAAAGACCAACUUACUCAUUUUCCAAAGUUAUUUUAACAUAAGGAUUUGUUUAAUAAUUGGAAUUUUAAUAAUUGUGGUUUACUUGGGCUGUAACAACAGUGUUGUUGAUCUAGAAUUAAAAAUCUUGAACUAGGUUUGGUGGGGUUCGCCAGGCCCUUGCAGUAGUGUAAGGCAUGGGCGACGCUCGAAGAUCCCAAUAGCAAGCUACUGUGGUGGACCCUCCACCUAAAAAUAUUAAUUUAAUAUCGUGUGAGCCAUUGGCUCACAAAUCAGAUAUUAAACUGAUAAGAACAGAUACUACACUUGAUCUUAGCCAAAAGGCCGAGAAAGGUAUGCUUCUUCCUUAGCCUUGUCUCUGCUUUUAUAUCCAAUGUAUGUGCUUUGAUUGUGCUGCACAACCAAUGUGGGACUUGAAAUGUGAUGCACUGAUAAUCUUAUAGUAAGUGCAAGUUCAUGAUAUGGCAUCUGCUAGCCUGUUUGAAUUCUUCUUUCUGACUCUCUGUUGAUGCUAUAAUCUUUUCAGGUUAAGGAUUUUCUUUUGGUAGCACUUGAUCAAGAUCCCAAGGUUUGGAUAGAGAUUGGUGCUUGUAGACUCGUCAAUUGUGGGUGUCUGCAUUAAGGAAUAUGAAAACUGAGGAUAUUGCAUGCUAUGCGGUCUGGUUUGCUCUGGCCAUCUAACACUCUAUGCGUUAUUGACUCCUAUGUUUUCAACCUGGUAAUUUUCAGUGUUUAUUUGUAUGUUGAAUGAAGAUUUGGAAGUUCACAAACCCUAUAAUGCAAAUCUUAGCAUUGGAUAGAGGGUAUAUGAGUACAAAAACCCUUUCAACUUUAUGAUUGUAUCCAAGCAUCCAACUAUUGAUAAGGACAUCAUAUUCCAUAGGUUUUGUUCUAUUGUUCCUAAGACUAGGCACACCUGGACUUUUCUUUCAGUGACAUCGUAGUGGUGAUGCUGCUAAUGGGAUUUUAUUCAAGUCCCAUCUUCUUGAUAUUCAUAUGGUAGGGCCAUAUUUUAUCAAGUGGAUCAAUUCAACAUGGAUUUUAUUCAAGUCCAUCUUCUUGAUAUUCAUAUGGUAGUCCCAUCUUCCACACCUUUUUUUCUAGUUUUAGGCCUGAAACUGAUUUAAAAAGAUUCAUCAGUAUAUGAAUAUCUUUCUAGCUUCUGUUGCUUUACUUUGAUCUAGGAUGCUUUUUGUUUGCUCGAGGUUUGGUGAGAAGAUCUGCUAAUUGAUGACUAGAUGGAAUAUGCAACAUUUGACAUGGUCUCCAUGGACUAUUGAUCACGCUCUGAUUACACAGUCAUGUUCAGACACCAUGACUUAGGUUCUGGUCUCCUUAGAACUCAAGGAUACAGUCGUGAACUGAAGUUUAAGCGUUUUUGUAUAUAAACCUUAGGAUUUUGUUCGGUGCUAGCAGUGCAGGACUUUAUGUGGUUAUUGCCUUUUGUUGUGUUACAUGAUGUUCUGUGACGGUCAUGUCUUUGCAAAACGUUGGAGGAAUCUGUCCAAAUUCAUUGUUGCCAUAUAUUUGAUUCAGAAGUUCUUGAAAUCUUUUAGAAAUGAGUCAAAAAAUUUAGGUGAAAUGAGGCAGUAAGUGUCAGCCUCAUAGCAGCUAUAAGCUUCAAAAAUGGGGGAAAAGAGUAACAUAAAUUUCAAAUGUUUAAUAGGAUUAUCCAUUAACCAUAUAAAAGCAGAAAAACUUAUUCCUAGAUCAAGAAUUUGAUGCAUGUGAAGUAACAAGGUGGAAUAAGCCAGGGUGGUUUGAUUAAAAGCAAAAGUACACAAUUAUGUUUGUUAUAUACAUAGUUAUUUCUUAACUCGAUGGUUUUUUGUACAUCAACAUGAAGUGCAUCAUAUUGAUACUGAGCAUUUUUUUUGGCACAUUCAAUAUCAGAUUAUACAUAAACAUGUUCAUCAUAUUGAUCCUGAGUAGCAAUUGUAAUUUUUUUGGGCACAUUCAACAUGAAGCUCAUCACAGAACUCCUUGCAAAACUUGUUUGGGAGAAGUGCCAUUAGAUUGGUUACCAUGUUGUUUAUCUCAAGCAUUGCUUGUUAUGCUAAAAAGUUCGCAGUUUACAUCCUAAUCUAAUGUUUGUAGUUCUCUGUAAAACCAUUUUGUACCUUGGGAUGAAGAGGUUGUGAAGUAUGAUGCAAAGCAGACAUUGUUAUGUAUAGUUGUGAAUUGCCAUUUAUCUCUAUGACAAAGAAGAAUUGAGAAUUUUUUGAAAAUAGGCACCUAGAAAACGUAAAUGUAUAGCAUUGUUCUAGUUUUAUAAGGUAGCUCUUUUUCAUGAUGUUUGCAGGAAAUAACCAUUAAGAGUAUACAACAUAACACGGUAAAAUAUGCAGCAAUAGCUCGUGGGGAUACUUAGGUUUUCGUGAAGUUUGGCGGCUAGGUUACAUGGUUGUUAAGUAAGUAAAUCGCUUCAUUAAGAGUGAUUUUGUGCAUCUGACUCUGUUAUGUACUCUAUGUUGGUCUAUCCUGAUCUAUCAUGAGUUGAACCUCUGGAGUAAGAGUCUGUGAUUUUAGCUGAAGACAAUGUAAAUGGUCUUGUUCUUCUGGAUAUCAUAAACGACUUCUACACAUUUGGAGCUGGAAAUCUGGAAUAAUAGCUAGCUGUUGUAGCUUGCUGAUUAUGAGGGGACCGGGGAACAAAAUAGGUAUAUAACAAUUUGAACAAAGUAAGUGCAGAACUCAUAAAGUUACUGUGAAUGAGGUUGAAGCUUUAUUUGGCUUAUUUCUCACCCUUUGCAAGGUCUCCACAGCACUGAUCUGUUACUUAUUUUACAAGAAUAUCACCUUCUGCUUCACUCUCUUCUUAUUAACAAGAGAGGAGGCUGAAUCACUCAAGUUUUACUCAAAAGCACCUCAAUAACAAGCGGCUAAUGCUCAAUCCAGGGUUUUUGAUGUAACAAAAUUUGGCGUUAAUUCCAAUGGAGAUAUAACUCAGGCUUUUAUAGCUGUUUGGAAAGAAGGAUGUGCAUCAACAAGUCCAAGCAAAAUAUUGAUUCCUAAUGGUAAAUACAAGUUAGAACAAGUGGAUCUUAGGGGCCCAUGCAAGGCACCUAUGGAGGUUCAGGUUGAUGGAACAAUUGAAGCACCUAUAGACCCCGCCCAACUUGAUGGAAAUUAUCAAUGGGUUAGAUUUGGAUAUUUGAACUUCUUCACCUUAUCAGGUGUUGGGACUUUUGAUGGCCAAGGCGAAGCAGCUUGGAAACAAAAUGAUUGUAAAAAGAGAUGGAAUUGCAAGAAACUUUCAAUGAAUUUUGGUUUCAACUUCCUCAACAAUUCUGUUAUCAAAGGCAUAACUUCAAAGGAUAGCAAACAUUUUCAUGUCAAUGUUUUUGGAUGCAAGAAUGUCACCUUUGAAAACUUUUCUAUCAGUGCUCCGGAAACAAGUCCAAACACCGAUGGAAUUCACAUAGGAAAAUCGAGUGAAAUUAACAUAACUAACUCCUAUAUUGGUACCGGCGAUGAUUGCAUUUCAAUAGGAGAUGGCACUCGACGGGUCACUAUUUUAAAUGUGACAUGCGCGCCCGGACAUGGAAUUAGUGUUGGAAGUCUUGGGAAGUAUCCAAAUGAAGAGCCUGUAGAAAGUUUGACUGUACGAAAUUGUACAUUGAAUAACACUGAUAAUGGUUUGAGGAUUAAGACAUGGCCUGGUACUCCAAUAAGUUAUAUUGUGUCAGAUUUUCAUUUUGAGGAUAUUACAAUGGUUAACGUUAGCAACCCAGUGAUCAUUGAUCAAGAGUAUUGCCCAUGGAAUCAAUGCAAUAAACAGACUCCUUCAAAGAUAAAGAUAAGCAAGGUCGUGUUCAAGGAUAUUAAGGGAACUUCUGCGACUCAAAAUGGUGUAAUUCUUAUUUGUAGCGGCGGCACACCAUGUGAAGAUGUAGAGCUCAGCGACAUUUAUCUCACAUUCAAUGGGGUUGCCACAACUGCUACAUGUGCUAAUGUAAAACCCACCUUAAUGGGUACAACACCUAAUUGUGAAGUUUAGACACAUACAAGAUUCUUUAGGUUUUGUUCAUCUGUGUGUGUGUGUUUUGCGGGGUCGGUUGUUUUUUUUUCUUAGGUUAGCCUUGUUUAAUUUGGGGUCAUGUUACCCUCUGAAGUUGAGCUGUGUAUUCUUAUCUUAUUCCUCCACAUAUAUACUUUUUUUCUUUCACAAAA